AUGUCACUCUUUAAUAGGAUAUCUUCACAUUUAAGACCCGUCACACUGGGCGCCGGAACGAGAUGGUUCUCCAUGGGCACUUCCUCCUCGCUCGGACUCAUACGACAGGGGAUCACUGGACUCGGGUCCCCUAUGGGAAGUAAUGUGUUAUCACAGUCCCCCAUGAUGGGAUCGUUGCUCCCAUUUGGAAUAUUGCAGAGGAGAUGGAAGUCCAGAGGUAACACCUACCAACCAAGUACGUUAAAGAGGAAGAGGAAAUUUGGUUUUCUGGCAAAGGCCAGAGACAGUCAGAAAUGUAAGAUUUUGAAGAGAAGAAGAUUGAAGGGAAGAUGGUAUUUGACUCAUUGA